ACGGGACCCACUGUCCAAUCACAGCCCUUCUUGGUACUACGUCCUCGACUUCUCGGUCACAUCCGGUCGUAUAUAUUUUGCCACGAGUUAGCGGCGAAUUUGGAGAGUGUCCAUUUUGGCCAUCGAGUCGCUGUCUCCUGAAUUCCCUCAAAUCUCUUGAAGAGCCGACCGUCAGCAUGGCAGACGCUGAGAACCAGUUCAUGGAGACUUCAGAGGAGAAUGGCAACGAGGGAGGAGAGGAGGAGCAGAACGGAGCCGAGCAGGAGGCUGUUGCUGCUGAGGAAUCACAGGACAAUGGCGGAGAUGGCGGCAAGAUCAACGCCAGCAAAGGAGAAGAUGAUGCCGGGAAGAUGUUUGUGGGUGGCCUCAGCUGGGACACGAGUAAAAAAGACCUGAAGGACUACUUCACCAAGUUUGGUGAGGUGUCAGACUGCACCAUCAAGAUGGACUCGAACACAGGCCGUUCCCGAGGCUUCGGCUUCGUUCUCUUCAAAGAUGCUGCCAGUGUAGACAAGGUGCUCGAGCAGAAGGAACACAGACUGGACGGCCGUCAGAUUGAUCCGAAGAGGGCCAUGGCCAUGAAGAAGGAGCCCGUCAAGAAGAUCUUUGUCGGGGGGUUGAACCCCGAGGCAUCGGAGGACACCAUCAGGGAAUACUUUGGAGCCUUUGGAGAGAUCGAAACCAUUGAGCUUCCAAUCGACCCCAAGUCAAAGAAGAGGAGGGGUUUCAUCUUCAUCACAUACAAAGAUGAGGCCAGCGUCAAGAAGUGUCUGGAGAAGAAGUUCCACACUGUUGAGGGCAGCAAGUGUGAGCUUAAGAUCGCCCAACCCAAGGAAGUGUACCAGCAGCAGCAGUAUGGAGCAGGACGGACAGGUUACGGAGGAGCCCGAGGGGGCAGGGGCCGUGGAGGCCAGAGCCAGUCCUGGAACUCGGGCUACAACCAGGGUUACUGGCCGCCGUAUGGUGGCUAUGGAUAUGGCGGCUACAACUAUAACUAUGACUACCAAGGAGGAUACGGUGGGGGAUACGGUGGAUAUGACUACACAGACCAAGGCAACGCCAGCUAUGGGAAAACUCCAAGACGGGGUGGUCACCAGAACUACAGGCCAUACUGAUCACAUUGUAGUGCAAGGACUCAGUGAUCCAGUGUGAGUGACCGCCGGAGGAACGGACACACUGGGCUUGACUUGACCUCUUUUAUGACAGAAGACCAUUUGUACAGAAACAUCAGAAUAAAAUGUAACUUUUCCAUGUUUUUUUUUUUUUUGUUUUGUUUUUGUUUUUUUAAUCCCAUUGCUUUUAGGGUUUUUUUGUUUUGUUUUUUUCUGUUAGUGAUUUUUUUUUUUCUCCCCUCCACAUUUCCAGCAAUGGAAGUGUAAUUUUUACUGUACUUUUUGGUACCUGUUUUGAUUCUAAUGUAUUGUAAGGGUUGUAUUUUACAUGUUUGCUGGCUUUACAGGAGAAACCUUGACACUGUAAAGGGGCUUUUUUGAAAAAUAAAACAGUUUUCAGUAAUUUUUUUUUUUUUUUUUUUUUUUGGUUCUGGUGCUUCCAGACUCUGGGGUCACAGGUUUAAACAAAAGAAAAGCAAGUAGAAAAAAAGAAUUCAUGACUAGAUGAGUAUAGGAUUGAGUUUCAGCUUCCUGGUUUAUGGGACUUCAGGACGUACUUGGACCUGAGGGGUACUGCAAGAUGCACUACUACCCAGCAAGCCAGUUAACAGGAAAAAAUACAAUAAUGUCAAAGUUAACGUGGAUAUUGGUUUCUCUUGAUGUUUUGUAGCUACACAAUCCAAUGAUACAUCGUUUGAAGAAUGUAAAUUGCUUCACAGCUUCAAAAGUUCUCUGGCUAAUGGAAUAAUUGUGCUUCUUUACAUCCCCCAGGAUGUCAGAUUGGUGGUUACCUACCUUUUUUUUUUUUUAAUUUUUUUUUUUUUUUCUCCAAGUGUGGGAUCCACUGUAACAGCAGGGGAUUUUAAUUUCUCUUGACUGAAAAUUCCUUUAGAAAUGAAGAUGGUGUCCAUCCUUGCUUGUAGCCACAGCAGCUCAUAGACUUCCCUCUCCCAGGAUGCGUUGAAAUAAUCAGGGAUGUGUCAUUUUCUUAACUUGUGCGGAUGUGUGGGAUGUAACGGGAAAAACGGGUUUUUAAUAUCAGCGCCUCGAUCUUACGCGCAUAUUGUUGGGGGGAGAACAGAUCCUGUUAUUUCAAUGCAUCAUUAAGAAGAAAAUAUGAAGUAACAAGCGGAUUGUUUUAGUUUCUGUGCUGACUUUAAUUUGUGUUCGUAAAGUGCCAUUGGUCUUAGAAAAUCACCAUUUUUGAAGUUUAAUGUUUCUUUCAAGCGAGAUCCAGGCCCUCUGGAGUCUCCUCAGCUAGUGUAUUUGGCAUUUUGUUAGUAAUAAACAUUCUGGUUUAUAA